AUUUUCCAAAGCACUCAAAUGCAGCAUGUAUGUAACCAACCAAUGACGACGGAGGAAGUGAGUGCACGGCAUUGUAACGUUCUAGCGACAAACGCUAGCUUCAUAUAACCUACAUCACAGUCAGCGAGAGAAAAAGCUCCUUUAAGGACUGUCUUAUGGAUCCUGCUCAGCAGUCCAACAAGACCAAGCGGCAUCGAGGGAUGAGGCGCAGCCAGAAUCAGUCGGCGGCGACUCCUCCAAAGGACGCCUACGCCAGGCUGCUGAGCCAGCACCGCAGCAGUAUGUUCGCUUCCUAUCUAGCACAGUACACACAGGACUCGUUAACCCAAAAGGAGGAAAACGGCUCCAGCGCGUCGCUCCAAGCACACAGCGACAGGCUUAACUUGCCACAACAAAAAAAGGACCAUGUGCUGAUCGAGUUCCCCGACUCAAGCGACUUCUCUCCGUCCUCCUCAAAAAAGAAAGGGGAAGAGAGUUCACUGUCCUUAUAUAUGGAGAAGUUAAGCAGUCAUAGUGACCAGCAGGAGUGCGAAAGGAAGCCAGGUGUGAGUGAGCGACAACGACGGGGCCAGAGGAGGGACACCACCACCAGCCAGGACGGAGACAUCGAAUCCGGCGAGGAGCUUGCCGGUUCGCGAAGCAACGGCCCAAAGAAACAGCAGAAACAGCAAAAGAAAAGGGAUGAUCCAAACAAAAACGCUGGCCUCAAGACAGCCGAGGUCUAUGCCGGGCCUCAGACCCCAACAACGAACACUGGUGCAAGCGAGCAGGAGCAAGAGAAAGGGAGGAAGUCGAAGAAAAAAAACCAACCGAAGAAACCAGAGGAGGAGAAAAACAGGGAGGCAGUUUUAAAAUUAUCCGCUGAACCUCAAACAUCGAGUCCUAAACCAAAACAGGGUAAACCUCAGCAGCCUGCAGGAGUAAAUUCUCUAGGCGCGAAAGGUAAGAACAAAGGAGACGGGAGAUCAAAGAAGCAGGUGUUUGAGUCCUACAUGAGCUUGGAGGAGGUUUCCCAUGGCCUGAAAAGAGGAGAGCUUUACCAGGGACAAUUAAGAAUCAAUCCCAAGAAUUACAAUGAAGCCUUUAUUCCGUCUCCUGACGACGGGCGUGAUCUUUUCCUGGACGGAGUCGUUGCCCGCAACAGGGCGCUUAACGGAGACAUAGUGGUGAUUCAGAUUCUUCCUCGGGAACAGUGGAAGGUGGUGAAGUCUGACACCGACUGCGACGGCACCAGUGAGUCGGACACACAGACGGAGCAUGUGCUGCGAACGGCCCAGAAGAGCGCAGGGCACGGCCCGAGUCCUAAUGUCAGAGCGGAGGACCAGUCGAACGACCCGGAGGAACUGCUUAGGAACCGUCCUGAUGUCUCUUGCGCUGACACCGGGGAACAUCUGGAAGAUCCUUCAACAUCCCGAGCCAACGCUGACAUCCUCCAAAAGACGGCUAAGGUGGUUUACAUCGUUGAGAGAAAACACUCCCGAGCCGUCACAGGCCAUCUGAAGUUCCUACCAGACAAGCCCUUCGCCAUGUUCUCUCCCGUAGACCACCGGGUGCCACGAAUAAACGUCAAACUCGACGACUGUCCCGCAGAGUUCAGAGCCAACCCGGGCGACUUCGCCAAGACCCUGUUGAUCUGCCAGAUCACCGACUGGGCAGCCGACAGCAACUUUGCCGAAGGCCGACUUGCUAAGACCCUGGGUCAAGCAGGAGAGAUUGAGCCGGAGACGGAAGGAAUCAUGAUCGAGUACAACGUGGAUUUUUCAGAGUUCCCACAAGAGGUGUUGGACUGUCUUCCUAAGACGCUCCCGUGGACCAUCCCACCAGAGGAGAUUGAAAAGAGGAGGGACCUCCGGAAGGAGUGUAUCUUCACGAUCGAUCCUGCCACUGCCAGAGACCUGGACGACGCCCUGUCUUGUAAACAACUCCCAGACGGCAACUUUGAGGUCGGAGUUCACAUCGCUGACGUCAGCUAUUUUGUGAAGGAAGGCACCUCGCUUGACAACAUGGCCUCCCAAAGAGCCACCAGCGUUUAUCUCGUUCAAAUGGUGGUGCCCAUGCUGCCCAGGCUGCUGUGCGAGGAGCUGUGCAGCCUGAAUCCUCUCACCGACAGACUCACCUUCUCCGUCAUCUGGAAACUCACACCUGAGGGAAAGAUCCUGGACGAGUGGUUCGGCCGCUCGGUCAUACACUCCUGCGUGAAGCUGAGCUACGACGACGCUCAGCGAUUGAUCGAGGCUCCCGAGAGGUUAUUCCCUCCCGACGAGCUUCCGCCCAUCGACGCCGAGCACACCGUCGACGAGAUCCACCAAGCCGUGCUCCACCUGCACUCUAUUGCCAAGAACCUUCGAGCUCAACGCUUUCUAGGGGGCGCUCUUAGACUGGACCAGCCGAAACUUUCUUUCACACUUGACAAAGAGACCAUGACGCCCCAAGGUUGUUACAUUUACGAAUACAGAGACUGCAACAAGCUGGUGGAGGAGUUCAUGCUGCUGGCUAACAUGGCCACAGCGACCCACAUUUACAGAGCGUUCCCUACGCUGGCGCUGCUGCGGCGCCACCCGCCGCCCAAAGCCAAGCUGGUGAAGGAGCUGGAGGUUCUGUGCAACCAGCUGGGCCUGAACAUGGACUUCACCUCUGCAGGAACCAUACACAAGAGCCUCUGUGCCAUUUAUGGAGAUGACGAGUACUCGGUUUACAGGAGACAAGUCCUUAAUAACAUGUGCUCCAGACCCAUGCAGCUGGCCUUGUACUUCUGUACCGGUACGAGGCUGCAGAGGGAACAUUUUCAGCACUACGCUCUCAACGUUCCCCUCUACACACACUUCACAUCGCCCAUCAGGCGCUACCCUGACAUCAUCGUGCACCGGCUGCUGGCGGCGUCUCUGAACCUCGGGCCUCGUUUGGGCCUGUCGACAGAGGAAGUCCAAAUACGGGCGUCGCACUGCAACGACAAGAAGACUUUGUCCAAGAAAGUGCAGGAGCUCAGCUCUGAGCUUUACUUCGGAGUGUUUGUGAAGGAGUGUGGCCCACUGGAGUCCAACGCCAUGGUGAUGGGUGUGCUGGAUAAGUCCUUUGACGUUCUGGUUAUCAAAUACGGAGUGCAGAAACGCAUCUACUGCAAGUCCAUCGCGGGCUUGGACUCGUACCGCUACCGGAAGGUGGAGAAGGUCCCGCAGCUCGUGCUGGUCUGGACGAGUGACGAUGAAGAAAGUCCCCCUGUAGAGCAGGUAAUUUCCAUCUUCUCUGUGGUGGACGUGCAGCUCAAGACGGAUGAAGUGCCUCUGAAAUACAGCGCGUUGCUCAAGAGGCCAGAAAAGAUUGCUUCAUAAAACAGCCCCUUGCAGAAAA